AUGAUAUGUUAUUAUAAUAAAAUAUUAUGCAUAUUAUUUACAAGUAGUAGGCCUGCAGAAGGAAUAAAUCUUCAUCUUUUUAGACAUCUUUUUCAGCAAUUUAUCGUGGAUGCAUAUGCAAAUAUAGAACAAGAUUGCCUUAACUAUUUAAAGUGUAAUCAAAAAAAAAUUCAUGCUGAACUUUAUAGUAGUCUUUAUGAUGCUUUGACAACACAAGAUAAGACAUCUAGAGAUUUAACAGCAGCUAAUAUAGGAAAGUGUCAUUAUGUAUAUUAUCAAGAUGAAGAUAUCUUAGAUGAAAUACUUCAAUGUGAUAUCACAACUCAAACUACUUUAACUGCUUGGUUUAAAGCUAAUCAAAAAUUUUCAUCUGCACAUGCUUUUACAUAUGCUGAUUUUCCUACUCAAACUGUUAAUGAUAUAAUAUAUUCUAUAUUUAAAAACACCUGUGAAGCUUUAGGUUUACUUGAAAAUAAUAAUAAAUGGGAUGAUUGCUUAAAUGAAGCUCAACAUAUACAAUCUGGAUCUUAA